CCGCAGCUCCAUUUAUUAAUCCCGUUUUCCGCAGAGAACGAGUGAGUGGCUCAGUGGAGUGUGACUCUUUCCUGCGCGCCGCGAGCUUCCGCCUUUCCACGAACCCCAGUACCUCUCCUUCGUGCUCCUCUCAUCCUACCCUGGGAAGCGCUGCACACGCCGGGAUUUCCGCAGGGCGGACGAGCACCGGCAAUGCCGAGAUCCAGGGGCUCCGAGCUGCCGCCGCAGCGGGCGUCGCCGCGCGCGCCGCUGCACCUCAAGACCACGGCGUCCUCCGACUCCAACGCCGCGCACCACCGCUCCGUCCUCGACCGGACCAGCCCCAAGCUCGCCGCCGACAGACACUCGCCGCGCAGCCCGCUGCCUGAGAAGAAGCGCGCGGGGACGCGGGUGGCGGAGCUCGAGACCAAGCUGGGCAAGGUGCAGGACGAGCUCAAGAAGCUGCGGGAGCAGCUCGUCUCCGCGGAGGCCGCCAAGAAGGACGCGCAGGUCGCGCUCGAGGAGGCCAAGAAGCAUGUCGGCACCAAGGGCAGCCCCAAGCCGGCCGCCGCGUCUCCUCCCUCUCCCUCUCCCGCUCCCUCUCCCGCUGCCGCUCCCGUAGCGCUCGAAGAAGAGAAGAAAGCUGACGAUGUAAAGGCUGCCGAACCGCCGGCGGCGGUGGCGGCAGAGGAACAGGAGGAGGAGGAGAGCAGCAUUAACUCGCCUGCCACAGACGUGUUCGAGGUCGUCAGGACAGAGUCCGGCGACAAGGAGAACCAGGCCGCCCCCCUCGCCGCCGAGGACGGCGAGGAGGUGAGCUGCGGGGACAAGCCUGCGGCGGUAGUGCUGGCGCCGGCCGAGGAGGACGUGGAGGUGGAGGAGACCAAGGCCAUGAUCGAGGAGGCCGGCAAGACCCACAACGCCUCCGCAGCCGCCCCUGCAGCCGCCGCCAAGGAGAUCCCGGAGGAGGUCGCGGAGCUGAGGGCCCAGCUGGCGGCCAGGGAGAUGGAGGUGGCGGUCCUCGCGGCCGACAAUGCCGAGCUCAAGAAGCUGGCCGCGGAUGCAGCCGCGGCGGCUAGGACGGCCGAGGAGGACGCGGCGGCCAGGGCGUUCCUGGUGGAGCAGGAGCUGAGGGAGAACGCGGCGCGGGAGGCGCGCGUGGGCGAGCAGCUCAGGGCCGCCGACGCCGCGCGCGAGGCGCUCGAGGCCGAGAUGCGCCGCCUGCGCGUGCAGACCGAGCAGUGGCGCAAGGCGGCGGAGGCGGCCGCCGCGGUCAUCGGCGGGGACGCGCACCUCGUCGGCCACCACGGCGGUAAUGGCAACGGGUGGGGGUCCCCCGCGACGAUGCCGGACGACGGCGACGACGAGGGGUUCGGCGGCAAGCGGAAGGGCGGCGCCGGCGGGAUCCGGAUGCUCGGCGAUCUGUGGAAGAAGAAGGGUGCAAAGUGAGUCGAUCGGAGAUUCGGCCACAAUGUGGCUUGCGUCGGAUCAGAGGUUCGCUGCUCGUAGCGGCGAGCUAGCUCAGCUCGCUAGCUCCAGCGCACGCAUCGAUCGAUGGGUCGAUCGAUGCACUAGCUAGCUAGCAACCAUCGUUUACUGCAUUUUGGCUCGAAUUUCGCUUAUGUUUGUAUGAUGUUGAGAUGAUGAUCCCAUCGAUCGAUGCACUAGCUAGCUAGCAACCAUCGUUUACUGCAUUUUGGCUCGAAUUUCGCUUAUGUUUGUAUGAUGUUGAGAUGAUGAUCGUGAGACUGAACUUUGUCUGUUACCCGGCUUCGUCCGGCUGAUGAUGCUGCAUUUCUGCUAGCCACUGUAGAUGCUACUAGAGUGAUUGCUAGAUAAUUCCCUA